AUGGUAAAAGGGUCUAACCUGAAGCAAUCGUCGGGUGGUAAAAAAGUUUCAAAGAAGGUAGCUGUGCCAAAAGAUAUUGCAUUGAAGAACGGUGCUGAACAAAGUGAAGCCGAGAGUGUUAGUGCAUCUGAAGUCUCUUCGGGAACUUCAGCUGAAUACGAAAGCAAAGCUCUUUCUAGGAAAGAAAGAAGAAAGAUUAAGAAACAGCAAAAGAAGCAAGAGGUACAGGAAGAAGUCGAAUCUGAAGAGGACGACGAAGAAAAUCAAUUAGAUUUGGACCAAUUGGCGAGGAGUGAUUCUGAAUCUGAAGAUGAGGAAGAGCCGGUAGAUGGGGAAGAAGAGGAGGAAGAGCCGGUAGAUGGGGAAGAAGAGGAAGAAGAGGACGACGACGAGGAAGACGACGACGACGAUGUGCCGUUCUCAGAUGUCGAAUUUGACUCGGACGCUGAUGUGGUUCCUCAUCAUAAACUUACUGUCAACAACUCAAGAGCAAUGAAAGACGCAUUAGAACGCAUUCAAGUUCCAUGGAAGAAACACUCAUUCCAGGAACAUCAAGCCAUCACCUCUGCAUCGUUCACAGACGAAGGCAUCAAAGACAUAUACGACGACACCGAAAGAGAACUUGCCUUUUAUAAACAAGCUCUAAGCGCUGUCGUACAAGCUCGUGAUAAACUGAAAAAGCUAAAGGUUCCCUUCAAAAGACCGUUGGACUACUUUGCGGAAAUGGUCAAGAGUGACGAGCAUAUGGAUAGAUUAAAGAUGAAACUAAUUAAGGAAGCCAGCGAUAAGAAGGCCCGCGAGGACUCCAAGAAACAGAGACAACUCAAAAAAUUUGGCAAACAGGUACAGGUAGCGACUCUGCAACAACGUCAGAAGGAAAAGAGAGAAACCCUCGAUAAGCUCAAAACGCUGAAGAAAAAGAGAAAGCACGAUCAAAUCGACGAGAACGACUUUGAAGUCGGUGUCGAGGAAGCCACCUCUGAGAAAAAACGCAAGCCCAACACUAAACGACUAGCCAAAGAUAGCAAGUACGGAUUCGGAGGCAUGAAACGUUACAACAGAAAGAACGACGCCCAAUCCUCCUCCGAAAUGGGCGACUUCUCUCAACGCAAAAUGAAAGGAAAACCGUCCCGCCCAGGCAAGAGCAAACGUUCCAGAAGGCACUAA